AUGACUCGUCCACUUGGCCAGGCCACAGGGGCUGAAAAGCUCAAGAUAGUCACUGAAUUGAUCGACAAACUCCACGAGGAUAUCAAAAAUAUCGCACUACUUCCCUCGGACCGCGAUCUCGCCUUGGAGGAACUCAAGAUCUACAGUAGAGACCCUGAAAAUGCUGAUCCGAUCUUCUCUGAAAAGGGCAUUAGCACGCUCCUACCGCAUGCCUUCUACAGCCCAUCCACCAAGACUGCACGCGAGGCUCUUCGUGUUUUGGUAAACGCCAUGGUUUUAAAGCCCGAGACUCGACAAAUCGUUAUCGAUCAGGGUUUCGCGAAAAGGGCUUGCGGGGAGCUCAAGGGCGAGAACUUUGAUGACGAGUUUCUCAACUCCCGCAUUCUCCUCCUGUCGACUUACGACACAGUAAUCGACGUUGAGGAUCUCAUUGACAAUCACCACCUGGCGGAAUACAUUGUCGAAAAGCUCAAUCAGCAUGCAAAGGAUCUAUCCAAAAAAGCCGUCGACAUACUCAGUCGCCAUGCCAAGGACCUAUCAAGCAAACCCAAGUCCAAGUCCCGUUCCAAGUCCAAAGUUGAUCCCAUGCAGAACAUGGCGCUCACCGAGACUUCGAAGCUCCUGUACGUCGUUUCGCACGUUUGCCCCGACCGCGUCUCCUCUUUGAGUGCCGCACUGCCUCAUCUCGUAUUUAUCUUGUUAAAGCAUCCAGUCCCGGAGCCGAAACCUCUUGAUGGCCCCUUCAAGGCGCUCAUCAGUGCCUUUACAAAUCUCGAUUUUGGAGCGGAAAAGAGCAAAGCAGCCCUCUACCCAAAAGGCGAGACAUUCAAGGUUGCGGAAAAACUGAUCAAUAUUCUCGAACGUGUGGUAAGAGCGUAUGCGGACACGGAGUUGGAUGAAUUUGCGUCACCGUCCAUCAAGGUCAUACGAAAGGUCUACACCAAUGCCCCAGACACGCUCAAGAAACACAUGCGCGGUUUACUCUUGCCCACGGUUAAGGAUCGCGUAGACGAGUUGGGCACGAGAGAUACCUUGCCCGGCAAGUUACUCAAACACCUGACCAGCCGUACAUGCCCAGUGUUUCGGGUCGAUAUUUCUGACCUUUUUCUCGAAAUGUCGGAUAGUGAUGCCAACAAAUACGUGCAAAAUGUUGGAUAUGGCUUUGCGGGAGGCCUGUUUUUGCAGGAAAGCAUGCCCAUCCCUUCUUCUGCUACAGAAGCGUUCAGCGGUGGUGCUGGCGGCUCGCAGGAGCCACGGGUGCUGACACAAGAGGAGAAAGACCGACAAACUGAACAAUUAUUUGAUCUUUUCGAUCGGUUAAACCCAUCGAGCCUCACAGACGUCCAAGAAGACCUCAAAGAGACUGCCACAACAGAGAGUCAGCCCCCGACAACCAAGAACGAUGCGGUGGACAAGGGCAAAGAAUGA